AUGCCGCUCCUGUCCUCCACUCUCCUCCUCCGCACACACUCGCUCACCUUCCUCACAUUCGCCUACUACCUCGUCACCUCGCCCGCGCAACUUCUCUCCUCCACCCCGAUAUGGCUCCUCGGCGAGAGCAUGUCCCUACGGCCGGCCUCGUACGCACCCGAACCACAACCGCACGACAGCCCAAGCAGCAGCAGCAGCAGCAGCAAGAGCAGCACGAGUAACCGACUGAGCAGCCUGAUCACAGGGCACGGCACGGCGACCGUCCACGCCGAACGGGAGCUCUGUGCGCUCCUCGCCGUGAUCCUGGUCGGGUACGCCGUGACGAUCUUCCUGUUCGCGGGUGACUUGACGCUGCCGUCGACGGCGGCGCCUCCAGCAUCGUCGCGCGGCGGCGGCGGGAAGGCCUCCUCGGGAUCCGGAGCGAGCGUCACGACGGUGGCGGCGUCAUCCUCCCGCUACGGCGAACAAGUGCACACGCUGCUCACGGCGCAGUCGCGCUGGUUGUCUCUCGCGGGGCUGCAUGUGCUGGGUUCGUCCGGCCUGGUGGCGUGGAUAUACUUGUUCCACUCGCAGGCGCAUCAUUAUUCGCCGGCCACCACCGGCCAGUCCCUCCCCUCGAGCAGUUUGUCGGGGUUUGGGCUGCUCGCGAACCGGGUGACGUUUACGGCCGCGCUGGUCGACAUGUUGUUCUGGGGGUAUUUGUGGACCGUGUUGAAGGACGAGGGCCGCGAGGUUGCGAAGGCGCUGGCACGGAGGAGAGAAUUCGAGGACGAUGGAGACGAGUGA